AAUUUCACAUUUCCACUUUCAGAGGGGGAUAACAAAAGAGAGGAGGAUUUACGUUUUUUUCCGUUCUUUCUUUCUUUUCUUUCACUCAAAAUUUAUUUCUCUCUUUUUGCAUUCAAAAACCAAAACACUAAUGUCUACUUUGCCUCUCCCAUUCUUCAGCGGCACUUCCACCAGAGCUCCGUUUUCGUUCUCACUCAAAUCUUCUCCUCCUUCUGCUGCUUCUUCUUCGUCUUCUUCUUCUUUGGUUCCGUUUCAGCGAGUCGAGCUCUUUCGAUCUACUUCCACAAGAACGACGAGGAGUUUCUCUUGCGUGUUUUACUCCUUGAAAGCUAAGGCAAUGGCUGAGCUCGUUCAAGAUAAGGAAUCGGGCGUGGCCGCCACUGGUAGCAGUGGAGGCGGGAGGCCGGAGGUUGAGCAUUCCCGUACUUUCCUCGAAGCUCGCUCCGAGCAAGAACUUCUAUCUGGAAUUAGGAAGGAAGUAGAAGCAGGAAGGCUACCUCCAAACGUCGCAGCAGGAAUGGAAGAAUUAUAUCAGAAUUAUAGAAAUGCAGUCUUCCAAAGUGGAGAUCCCUCAGCUGUUGAGAUUGUGCUGUCAAACAUGGCUGUUGCAUUUGACCGUAUGCUUUUGGAUGUGGAGGAUCCUUUUGUCUUUGAACCCUACCACAAAGCUUUGCGAGAGCCAUUCGACUACUACAUGUUUGGCCAAAAUUAUAUUCGGCCUUUGACGGAUUUCAGAAAUUCAUACGUUGGCAAUCUCUCUCUUUUCUAUGAAAUAGAAGAGAAGCUUAAGCAGGGUCACAAUGUUGUACUUAUAUCAAACCACCAGACUGAAGCUGACCCAGCCAUCAUCACAUUGUUGCUUGAGAAAACAAAUCCACAUGUUGCUGAGAACAUGAUCUAUGUUGCAGGUGACAGAGUCAUAACAGAUCCUCUUUGCAAGCCUUUCAGCAUGGGAAGGAAUCUUAUAUGUGUGUACUCCAAAAAGCACAUGUAUGAUGUUCCUGAGCUUGUUGAGAUGAAAAGAAAAGCAAACACCCAAAGCUUGAAACAGAUGGCUUUGUUGCUGAGGGGUGGAUCAAAAAUAGUAUGGAUUGCACCAAGUGGUGGUAGGGAUCGCCCAGAUCCCCUUACAGAAGAAUGGUAUCCUGCACCCUUUGAUUCUUCUUCAGUGGACAAUAUGAGAAGGCUUAUAGAACAUUCAGGUGCUCCAGGGCAUAUAUAUCCCUUGGCUCUAUUGUGCUAUAACAUCAUGCCCCCUCCACCCCAGGUAGAAAAACAAAUUGGAGAAAGAAGAAACAUCUCCUUUCAUGGGGCUGGAUUAUCAGUAGCACCAAAAAUCAGCUUCCAAGAAAUUGCUGCUGCUUGUGAAAAGUCUGAAGAGGCUAAGGAUGUAUACUCACAAGCUUUGUAUAAGUCUGUGACCAAGCAAUACAAUGUCCUCAAAUCUGCAGUACAUGGCAAACAAGGGUUAGAGGCAUCAACUGCAGGUGUCUCUUUGUCACAGCCAUGGAACUAGUCAUAACCUUUUCAUGAUUUCAAAAGCUGCUAGUCGUCCAUUUGGUUUGAUUUGUUGCAGGCCUAGUCUUUUCCUCGCAAAAUUUUUGACUCCUUAACAAGAAGCCAUCAGAUUCAUAGAUAGAAGAAUGCCCUGCAAGAGAAACCCUAUUUAUUGAUACGUAUUGAUGACAUCAACAGUGGAUUACAAUCAUCUUCUCUUUUUCUUUUUAUGCCUUUAAUGGGAGCCGAAUCCAUCAGAAACUGAAGCUAUCCCAAAGAUUCUGCUUCAGGUUUGUACUGUACAGAUCUUAUUUCCUAGAAAGACUUAAAGCCAGUAGUCCAUAGGUGAUUUUUAUGUGUACACUAUCUAUUCAAAUUUGAUGUAUCACAUCAUAUUUUAGAGUUAAAUUCCAAUUAUUAUUCAUUCUAUUUGAAUGAAGAUGACACAAAUAACCAAUUUGCCUGGAAACUGAUAGGAACAGUGUUCCAGAAGCAAAUCAAAAGAAAGACUCAGGCCAAGUAGUCCAUGCCUGAUUUCUGUAACUGUUGCGUAUUUCAGUGAAAUGUUUAGUUCCAUUGCUGUUUAUACCAUA